AUGAUUAAGCUAUUGAUAUUUUCAAGAGUAGGAAAGACUAAAAUCAACGAUCAAAAAUAAGUUAAAAUCUAUAAAAAAAUAUUGGAUUCCAUUAUAGAACAGAUAAAUAUUUACGAUAUAUAAAAAGAUAUUUUAAAGUUAAAAAUGAUGGUAAGAAUGAGUUUCACUAUUUAGUAAUAUGCAGCUCUUUAACUUUGUGGUUUAAGAAUUAUUUUAGAUCAAAAUAUACUAAAUAUAGAAGAACCAAUUUAAGAAAAUAUAUAAAUGAAGAAGGAUUUAUUCAAAAAUUCUGAAGAAGAAGGUAUAAAAGAAAAGAAAGAAUAAUCAAUUGAAAUAGAGCUAACACUAAAAGAAAAUAAAGCGUAUGUUAAAUAAUAAGAACAUUAGUUAAAUUAAAUUGAAUAGUAGGAAUAAAAAAUUAAACAUAAAACUAGGGGCUCUUUCAUACCAAUUACUAAUAGCUGUACAAUUAAUAAACGAAUAUACUUAAAAAUACAAAAUAGUUAUGUAUUUUUAGAAUUGUUUUUAGUUAUAUGUCUGAUCAAAUAAAAAUUUCUUAAAUAAAUAAAUAAAAAACCUUUUUUAUGUUCAUAAUAAAAUUUGCUUAAAAAUAACAUAAAAUUUAAAAAAUGA